AUGGGUUCCUUUAGACGCAGAUUUGGUCACAUAUCUAGGACCAUAUUGUUAAAUGGAAGCCCAGCCAACAGGGUUGCAAAAUGGACUGUAGCACUGGCGAUGACAACGGUGUGGAUUUAUACCAGCGAGAAGAAGAAGCCCAGAAGACGCGGAAUUUUUUUUAGGGAUAAGUCUACUCCGGAGUUUUUAGACUACGAAAUAGAGAGGUGGAAUGCCAAAUACAAAAAAGAUAAUGUACAAUAG